AAAUUUUUCUUUCAGUUGGUUCAUGCCUGAUUUGUUAUUUCUUCUCCCCGUGGUAUAUUUUUUUAUUCAUUCAUCUCUUGAGACAUCGGAAGUUUUUAUUUCAAGGUAUGAAGUGGCUUUCGUCCAUGUGAUAACGUAACAUUUUCGCUGGCUUUCUUGAUGGAUCGGGCAAUAGAACACAAAUAGUUCAUAUUGGGCUCCCUGACUUUCCAACAUCAACAAAGGCAUUAAAGGCACCAAAAAGGCACAUGUGACAAAACUAAGACAAAAAAACCAUAACAAACCCAAAUUGAAGAUCUCCAAAAUGAGCGACGAUCUGGAUUUCUCGGAUUUGGAAGAGUACUCGGAUGAUUCGGACUUGGAGUGCAUGGAACAUGAAGAAUUCGAUGACGACAAAGAGAUCGGCUCAGGCGCGUGGAAGAAGGCCAAGACCGCGUCCACCUCAUCCACGGGCUCGUUGGCCUCGGCAGCCAAGAAGAAGAUCACGGAAAACAAACACAUCGAAGACAUGAAAGCCAUGCUAGGUUUAGAGGCCUAUCAACAGAAGCAAAUCACCCGACGAGAACGCAAGAGGCGGGCCAAAGAUCGGGCCAAGGCCCGUAAAGCCCAAGCCACGCCUAAUGUGAUCCAAACCCUAGCUACCCGGCUCAAAUCCUCGGUCUCAGCCCCGGAAAUUGUGGCCUACGAAGAUCCUCGUCGGAAGCGUCAACGAGCUAAAGCUGCGGCGGCUGCGGCGGCUGCGGCGGUCGAAGGGUUGCCGCGCAGUCAAAGUACUGUAGCUUUGCCGCCCGAUCCCGAUACGAACACGGGUGAGGAGUUGUCCAUGAAGCAAGCCCGAUUUGAAGUGUUCCGCUUUGGUCUGCGCGGGUUGGACAAGGCCAGUCGAGAGAGUGCCCAAGUCUCGGAGUUGAUCCGGUUGGGGGCGAAACCACCCAAGCGACCUUGUGUCAAUUAUAGUGAGCUGAAGGUCCAGCGGCAAGCCGAGAAAGAGGAGGCGCUCCACAUGAAAACAUUGGAAAAGAUCUCGGGCGUGAAGACCAGUGGCCGACGGCCGGGUGGACAGGGCAAGGGUCAGAAGCGGAAAACCAGCCAGACGGCGGGCGUCAAGAAGAACAGUAACAAUAAGGCCGGUAAAGCCGGAGGAGUCAAGGGCAAGGGCUUCCGCGAGUCUAUACAGGCCAAGAUGGGCAAGUUUGAUGGCGGCAUGCUCAAACUUAGUGCCAAGGAUAUAGCCAAGAUCAAAGGGAAAUAAAUAGAACUCUAUUACCAGACUUA